UUUUAUUAGAAACCGUAUAUAGUACUUGUUAUCAGCUGUUGAGUGAUUAUGAACGCAGGAUGAAACCGUUGGAUUUGGAAACUGUAGGAUAUCAGCAGUUAUGUGAUGCUUUUGCGUGAUGGCACUGUGGUUACGAUGGGAUCCAUUUAGCGAUAGAAUGUCGGAAUUUGAUGUUUCUCAAUUACCAGAUUCGGAUAACCGUAAUCUUUACCAAUUUUUGAUGGAUGAAUUGAACGAAAAGGAGCGAUUAAUAGAAGAAAUUAAUAAAGAGAAAACGCGAGCAGAACAUAUGUUAUGGUUGUCUAAAAUGGCUGAAAAAUUCAAAGUAUUUGCUAAUGUUGACCAUAAUUAUUACCCAGACGAUCUCAAAACAUAUCUAGAAGAAAUUGAAGGUAAACCAUUAAUAUCUGUUCUUACAGAAUCUAUAAUAGAUGAUAAAGAAGAUGGAAAAGAAGAAGAAAGUGUUAUUAAUGAAGAAAUUGACAAUGAGUCAGAAAGAAUACCACACGUUACAAAUACACCAUUAAAAGAAAACCAAAUUCAAAAAAUUAAUGUACAACUAACAAGUUCAAUUAAACUUAAAAAGACUCUAAGCGCAGAACUCGAAAGAAGAGAAAUAGAAAAUAAAGAAAAAAUUUUAAAAGCUUUAAAGUAUACUGAAAAAGCAUAUGAACUCAAUCCUAGAAGAUACUGGAUAAUUGGAGGAGCAUUUAAUGUAGAAAUGUGGAAACUGCCUAUGCAACCAGUUCAACAUAAAGAUGGUACAAUAGUUGUGGUACUAGUUGGGCCACCAGUACUUCAACCCUUAGAAUAUUUUGAAAAAUAUGAGCCAUUGCAGCUGUCAUCGAUGAUGUUUUCCUCGACGUCAUCUGAAGAUGAAGAGACAGAUAUAAAAAAACAAAAUCAAGAAGCUCUUCAGAGACUCGUCUUAAUAACAAUCAAGCUACCAGAGAACAUGCUAUGGUUCGAAAAUCCAAAACCGGCCAUGUGGAAUGAAAAUAAAAAAGUAUGGACGACUGAUUGCAUACAUGACAUAAGAUUCAACGACGAAAAACAAACUGUUUCGUUUCGGACAGGUCGUAUGGGAUCUUUUGGAUUAGCCGUGAACCGUUAUUCGAAUUUUCCAUUUCAGUCUUGGGAAAUUCGGCCAGAAGGAGUAGCUGCUGACACUGGUGUGAUACUCUCAAUAACAGCAGCUACGGUGCUUGUUGAAUUUUCCGUGCGUGGAGAUUUGGCGGCCGUUGUACAGAUUCAAAAUGCUACCACAGCAGCUCUACAAGAAAUCAUCGGUAUAUAUUAUAGACCUGAAAGACUUAUGCGAAUUCUGAGUCGUGGCGGUAUCAAUUUGUUUCCAGCACCUGACGCUGAACUUUACGUGGAUGGCAACCGACCGCCAAAACACGCAGUAGCCGAACGGCAUACUUAUCACUGUAUGGCCGUGUUAAGCGCUACUCAUCAGUUCAUUGCGUCCCGGUGGAACGUACACGCUGGGCCUGACAUUAUGGUGUUUCAGAUGAAAGAGAUCAGCGAGGGAGGUCACUAUAAAAUGGUGAUGGCCACACCGGAACGAACAGUGUACUUGAAGUGCAAUGAGGUUAGUCAAGCUUUUUCUGAUGAAAUGGAACCCGGAUGUCCGUUAACACCAGACCUUUACUCAUUAAUAGAAGAAACGUGCUCAGACGAAAUUAAAACAAAAAUGAUCAACUUAGAUUUUAAAACAAUCGAAACCUUAUACUUUUUGAUGAAAAGUAUAAAAAUUUUAAGCUACUCUUGAAUGGAAUAUCAUAAAAAAAUUACUUAUGUUAAUUUCAUAUUUUGAUACAAUCGACAGACUGAAUUUUUAUUAUUUUUCACUGAAAUUACUCUUAAAUAUAUUCAAAAUUCAACUAUGUAAUUACAAAACUGUGCAAAUAAUUUCGAAACUUACAUGAAAAAAAAAAGUAUAUAAAUUUAGUUUUAUUCAUUUUUUUAACGGGACUAAUAUUUAACUUAAUUAUCUACCGCUUCAAAACUAAGAAACGAGUAAUAUAAAACCAACUUUAUAACUUUUCUUAAAAUUUGUAAGUUCUACUUUAUUCAUAUCUAUUUAUGAACCCUUUGGCAAAUAAUUUGUGUAUCGCCAUGUCAAAAUAAUAUAAGACCUCCAUCGAUGAAAGCAAAUGUUCAAAAUUUUAAAUUUAUCGAUAAUUAUUUAUGUGACCAAAAUGUAAUACUAAUAAUAUUUUAAUAUAUGACUUUAUUGCUCGAAAUCUAAAUCUUAUUUUAGAUAUGAGCCAUAUAUCAUUUUAACAAUUAAAGAAUUUAACAUAA